AUGAGAGAGCAGCUCCUGGCCGAGUUGGGGACGAAGGAUCAGAAUCAGGCUCUCCUGCCCACCUCUUCACCCUUCUUGAAGUGGGUGCAACAGGAGACCAUCCCCAAGAAGUUUAUGAUGCCGCCUAUGACAGCAUACGACGGAGCUGGCAACCCGAGGGAGCACGUCCUCAGCUACAAGACUUUUAUGGAAUUGCAGACUCUAUCGGAUGCCUUGAUAUGCAAGGUAUUCCCUGAUACGCUGACAGGGCCGGCACGGGCGUGGUUUAACAUCCUAGAGGCUGGGAGUAUCAGAAGUUUCGGGGACUUGGCCAUCGCCUUCAUCAGUCGAUUCAUAGCCGGAGUGCCAGCCGAUAGGAAGACCAGCUACUUGGAGACGAUCAGGCAGAGAAGAGAUGAAUCACUGAUGGAGUAUGUUGCCCGUUUCAACACGGAGGCCCUACAGAUCCCCGAGCUGGAUGAGGGCCGAGCGGUGGAGGCCAUGCAGAAGGGGACGACCUCCCCCGAGUUUUUUGGCUCGUUGAGUAGAAAGCCCCCCACUACGUUAGCAGAGCUGAUGAAGAGGGCAGAGAAAUACAUAAGGCAGGAUGGUGCCUUGGUAACGAGUAGAUUCGCCAAAGGGGCGGAAGACAGAGGAAAAGCCCCCGAAGAAAGGAGGUCGGAAAGGCAUGAGAAGAAGCAGAGCAAGAAACCUGAGCCCUACAGGCAGCCCUGGGACCGGAGAGACCAAAGACCUUUCCCUCCUCGGGUUCCAGAACAAAAGCCAUUCCCUCCGCGUAUUCCGGAGAACCUGACCCCACUCAACGCCUCCAGAGCCGAGGUGCUCAUGGCAGUAUAG